CUUCACUCGUAGAUUGGUGACAUUACCUUGAAUCUACUUACCGUGCCACACUCUCUGAUUUCGCUCGCCUGGAUGAAUCGGCCUGCUGCCUCGCCAUAGUCUAGCCAGUGCUCUGAAGUGGAUGUCAAGGCUGCACCCGACAACGAGGUCUGCAGCGGCUGCGCGCCACCUUCAACAUCAAGAUGGCUACUGAAGCGCAGUCUUCAGAUCAACCGAACUACAACAUCCUUGUACAGGGUAAAUCAACUUGCUCUCAAUCUCACAAGCCCAGACUCACCAAAUCACUCUCAGAAACCCCAAACUUCGAUCUUCCCUCCUACAUCUCCAACUACAAAGGCAAGAGAGCAUCCUCGUGCAAGCCAACUUCACAGUGCUGAUCAACAACACCCAGGCCGAACUGUCUUCCGCCGCCUCCAUCUCAUUGCAUCAUGCUCGACUGUAUUAGCAGAAGAAGCAGCUCGAAUGGCCGUGGUUGAGGCAAAGAAGGGCGCCGACGUUCGAAAUUACCAAGAGGCUGUGGCAUUGUUGAAGCGAGCAUCGAAGGGCAAGAACGUUGAAAACUUACUGGACCCAGUCUGGGCUGCACAACAGGAAAAGAAAAACUCUGCUGAAACUGCUCGCCUGGAAAACGAGCUGAAGGGUUACAAGAACAACCUGAUCAAAGAGAGCAUCCGCAUGGGCAAUGAAGACCUCGGGACGCAUUACUACACGAUCGGAGAUCUCAACAACGCUGUGAAGGCCUAUUCCCGCAUGCGCGACUACUGUACCACCGCCACACAUAUUGCGUCCACCGCUUUCCGAAUCGUCGCGGUUGCUAUCGAACAAAAGAAUUGGCUGGCUGUUCAGUCUCAGGUGCACAAGAUUCGCAACCUACAGAUGAAGCCCGACGACAUGAAUAGGAACCAGCCCAAGGCACAAGCGGCUAUGGGUCUUCAGCAAAUGUCGAUCGGCGAAUAUCGUGAAGCGGCGACGAGUUUUCUGAACGUCGAUCCCAGCAUUGGAGACAGCUACAGCGAUGUCAUAAGCAGUAAUGACGUGGCUGUCUAUGGCGGGUUGUGUGCUUUGGCUUCCAUGAACCGCUCUGAACUACAGGCGAAUGUCUUGGAGAAUAACAGCUUCCGCAACUUUCUAGAACUUGAACCACACAUCCGCCGAGCCAUUAACUUCUUCUGUGCCACCAAGUACAGUCAGUGUCUGGAAAUUCUAGAAUCAUACCGAGCAGACUACCUUCUGGACAUUUAUCUGCAACCUCUCGUGUCUGAUAUCUACAAGAAGAUCCGGACCAAGAGCGUCAUUCAGUAUUUUGUGCCUUUCAGCAAGGUUACCCUGGCCAGUAUGGAGAAGACAUUCGGUAGUCCCCCGGAUAAACCGACCUUCCUGGACGAGAUUGAGGCUUUGAUUCGUGACGGCAAGCUGGAUGCUCGCGUUGAUCUGGAAUACGGCACUCUGAAUGCUGUCCAACAUGAUCCACGUGCCGAGGCACAGCAGGCAGCCCUGGACACGGUGGAGCGAUUUAUUCGUGAAGCCAGAAUGAAACUUAUCCGAAUGCAAGUCCUGAAUGCCGGAUUGGAGGUCAAGUCACCGCCGAAGAAAAAGAACUGGGAUCCAGACCAAUCCGAUGUCAACUACGACGAUGGCAACCAUGCUUCGAGUCUUGUCGGUCCUGGAGGCAGAGACGCCCUGGGCCCAGGAUCUCAGCGAGGCGGAUAGAAUUCGCCGAGAAAGAGGACCCGGAUGACAGAAAACUACAUGCUCAACGAUACGGACUGAGCUCAACAAGGCCAAUUUGCCUCCUCGACAGACACUAAAGUCAAGUUUGGCUCUGAUGUAUGAUGACUGAUGCCGAUCAUGGAGCGACCAACUGGGGGCCAUUGCGAAGAAUGAAACGACGGCAUCGCAAUGGGUCAUAGCAAGGAGCAAGCACAGUUGAUUCACAGACGUCCAGCCGAAUCAAGGCAAUAAAAGGGAUAGGCAGCCAGAGAAUGCUUUCUUGUGCCUGUGGAGUUGGAAGGCCUGACUGAGGCAGGAUACCGGCGUACUGCCAGCUGCCCGACACCGCGAGUGUUGGACGUGAAUGAAUCCGACAAUGCCCCUAAGGAACGAAGGGACGCUAGUAUCAAUGAUACAGGUAUACAAGGCAGUGCAUUAGCCCGCCCGACGAUCUGGGAUGGUGCUGCUCGUGAUGGUAUGGGUGACCACAGACUACCUACCUACACUAGGACUAAGUUAGGGCUAGGCAAUCGAACCUUGACUCUGGGAAUCACUUACCUCGGCGGUUACUGUGCCGUGCCGUGCUCACUGUCAGUGUUCGCUUCUUGUCUUUUCCCAUGCCGACGACCCAGGUACAUAAGUACAUACUACUAGUAGUAGCGCAUUUUGCAAGUUUUGGAAGCUUACCGGGAUACCAGGUCUGUGGUAG